AUGUCUAAUAUAUCGCUAGAUAAAGAAACGUUCUAUCGGCGUAUGAAGAGACUGUAUGCAGCAUGGAAGGCAUCAGCAGCAGACUCAAAAAGUGAUGAUGCUUUAGCUAAGGUAGAUUGCCUUGUUUCAUGCGUGGGAGUCGACGAGGAUACACUUUACAGUAAAUCGACUGCAUUACAGACAUGGCUAUUUGGUUAUGAACUCCCUGACACAAUUACUGUACUCACAGAGCAAAGUAUGUGUUUUUUAGCCAGUAAAAAGAAAAUAGAAUUUCUCAGACAAAUAGAAAAUGGCAAAGAAGAAACAGAGCUACCUCCAGUAAAAUUAUUAAUUAGGGACAGGAAUGACAAAGAUAAGGAAAACUUCAAUAAAUUAAUCCAAGAGAUAAAAAAAUCUAAAUCAGGAAAGACAUUGGGUGUGUUUGCAAAAGAUAAUUAUCCAGGAGAGUUCUGUGAAAGUUGGAAGAAUGUGAUAAAAUCUGAAAAAUUUGAGAAUAUCGAUGUCAGUUCAUCUAUUGCCCUACUUAUGGCACCAAAAGAAGAUCCUGAAGUUAUUACUAUUAAAAAAGCAUGUUUGGUCACUGUUGAUGUAUUUACAAAAUAUCUAAAAGAUCAAAUUAUGGAGAUUAUUGAUUCAGAUAAGAAAGUGAAACAUACAAAAUUAGCUGAAGGUGUAGAAGCAGCCAUUUCUGAUAAGAAAUAUGUAACAGGUGCAAGAUAUAAGUCGUACUGUUCAAACAUAGUUCGGACAUUGCUAGUAAACCCAACGGAUGACAUUCAGAGCAAUUACAAUUUUCUUGUGAAUCUAGAAGAAGAAGUUAUGAAACAUUUAGUUGCUGGUGCCAAAUUAUCGUCUGUGUAUGAAGCUGGACUGGCGCUAGCAAAGAAAGAAAAACCGGAGCUUGUUGAUAACUUGACAAAAACAUUUGGAUUUGCUAUGGGUAUAGAGUUUCGUGAGAGCUCAAUAGUGAUUGGUCCGAAAACAUCAAUUGUUGCAAAGAAAGGCAUGGUGUUCAAUAUUAACAUUGGCUUAGCCAAUCUUAGCAACAAAACAGCAUCAGAUAAAGAAGGAAAGACUUAUGCCUUGUUCAUUGGAGACACAGUAUUGGUCAAUGAGGAACAGCCCGCUUCUCUCCUCACUCAAUCUAAGAAGAAAAUCAAGAAUAUAGGUAUUUUCUUGAAGGACGACGACGAAGAGGAAGAAGAAGAAAAGGAAAAUAAGACUGAAAUACUCGGACGGGGCAAAAGAACAGCAGUCAUCGAGUCCAAGUUGAGAACAGAACAUUCCUCAGAAGAGAAAAGAAAAGAGCAUCAGAGGGAACUGGCGAUAGCGCUAAAUGAAAAGGCGAAGGAGCGACUGGCAAAACAGUCGAGCGGGAAAGAGGGAGAGAAGAUAAGGAAGAGUACUGUAUCCUACAAGAGUAUAAGCCAGAUGCCAAGGGAGAACGAAGUGAAAGAGUUAAAACUUUAUGUUGAUCGGAAAUACGAAACAGUAAUUUUGCCGAUAUUCGGCAUUCCAGUACCAUUCCACAUUUCGACAAUAAAGAAUAUUUCACAGUCGGUUGAGGGUGAUUAUACUUAUUUGAGAAUAAAUUUCUUUCACCCCGGAGCCACUAUGGGUAGGAACGAGGGAGGGAACUAUGCACAACCAGAUGCCACCUUCGUAAAAGAAGUGACAUACCGAAGUACAAACACAAAAGAGCCAGGCGAGAUAUCCCCCCCAUCGUCGAAUCUAAACACUGGCUUCCGGCUCAUAAAGGAAGUUCAAAAGAAAUUCAAAACAAGAGAAGCAGAGGAGAGGGAAAAAGAAGAUCUAGUUAAGCAAGACACACUGGUUCUCUCGCAGAGCAAAGGGAAUCCUAAGUUGAAAGAUCUGUACAUCCGACCUAAUAUUGUUACGAAGAGAAUGAGUGGUUCUUUAGAAGCGCACGCCAACGGUUUCCGGUUCACGUCCGUGAGAGGAGAUAAAGUCGAUAUACUCUACAAUAAUAUUAAGAACGCAUUCUUCCAGCCUUGUGAUGGUGAAAUGAUUAUAUUACUGCAUUUCCAUUUGAAGCACGCUAUUAUGUUUGGUAAAAAGAAACACGUGGACGUCCAAUUCUAUACGGAAGUGGGUGAGAUCACGACGGAUCUUGGCAAACACCAGCAUAUGCACGACAGGGACGACCUCGCCGCUGAGCAGAGCGAACGAGAGCUGAGGCACAAGCUGAAAGUCGCGUUCAAGAGCUUCUGCGAACGAGUUGAGAAUAUGACCAAGCAGGAGGUUGAGUUCGACACGCCAUUCAGAGAGCUAGGGUUCCCCGGUGCACCGUUCCGUAGUACAGUCCUCUUGCAACCGACAUCUGGUGCGUUAGUUAACCUGACUGAGUGGCCACCGUUUGUCAUCGCUCUCGAAGAUGUGGAAUUAGUUCAUUUUGAGCGAGUCCAAUUCCACUUGAAGAACUUCGAUAUGGUUUUCGUCUUCAAAGACUAUGCCAAGAAGGUCGCCAUGCUGAACGCUGUGCCUAUGAACAUGCUGGAUCAUGUUAAGGAAUGGCUUAAUUCGUGCGACAUUCGUUAUUCAGAAGGUAUUCAGUCCUUGAAUUGGACGAAAGUCAUGAAAACAAUAACAGAUGACAUCGAGGGCUUCUUUGACAAUGGUGGGUGGUCCUUCCUCGAUCCGGAGUCAGAUGCAGAAAAUGAACAUCAGGACGAUGAAUCAGAAGAAGAAGAUGACGCCUACGAGCCAACCGACGCCGAGUCCGAAGAAGAGUCUGAAGACGAUUCUGAGUAUGACUCGGAAGCGUCGGACGCAUCUGACGCGUCUGGUGAUAGUGAAGAAGAGGACGAAGAGUCGGGAAAGGAUUGGUCGGAUCUCGAACGAGAAGCGGCUGAAGAAGACAAAAAGGAGCGCACCUUCGACAGGGGCGACGAAUACGAGCGGAAAAGGAAAGGAGGCCGGGAUCAUCCACGUUUUGCAGACGACGGCAAGAAGAGUAAACACGACAAACAUAAGAGUUCCAGCUCCAAUCACAAGAGUUCCAGUUCGAACCACAAGAGUCCAUCUAAACAUAGUAGCAGCAGCCCCUCGAAAAACCGCGACAAAAAUCACAAGUCAUCGCACUCAAGCGAUCGUGGGCACAAGUCGUCGCACAGUGACCGCGACAAGCACAGCAAGUCAAAUGGCGACCACAAGAAACACUCCAGUGAUCGCGAUCACAAAUCGCACAAGCGGUCGCGCGAUGACAGUAGAGAGCAUGGCCGGAGUCCUAAGAAAGCAAAGAAAUAA